AUGGCGCUGACGCCCCGGCGGGGGCCCUCGGCGGGGCUUGUCCGGCCCGAGCUCUGGCUGCUGCUGUGGGCAGCCGCGUGGCGCCUGGGUGCCGCGGCGUGCCCCGCCCUCUGCACCUGCACCGGCACCACGGUGGACUGCCACGGCACGGGGCUGCAGGUCAUCCCCAAGAACAUCCCACGGAACACGGAGCGCCUGGAACUCAACGGCAACAACAUCACUCGGAUCCAUAAGAAUGACUUCGCGGGACUCAAGCAGCUGCGGGUGCUGCAGCUGAUGGAGAACCAGGUUGGAGUGGUGGAACGGGGGGCUUUUGACGACAUGAAGGAGCUGGAGCGGCUACGACUCAACCGGAAUCAGCUGCACACGUUACCAGAGCUGCUGUUCCAGAACAACCAGGCUCUGUCCAGGCUGGACCUGAGUGAGAACACCAUCCAGGCCAUCCCCAGAAAGGCUUUUCGUGGUGCCACAGACCUCAAAAAUUUACAGCUGGACAAGAACCAGAUCAGCUGCAUCGAGGAAGGAGCUUUCCGGGCUCUGCGGGGGCUGGAGGUGCUGACCCUGAACAACAACAACAUCACCACCAUCCCCGUGUCCAGCUUCAACCACAUGCCCAAGCUCCGGACCUUCCGCCUGCACUCCAACCACCUGUUCUGCGACUGCCACCUGGCCUGGCUCUCCCAAUGGCUGAGACAGCGGCCAACCAUCGGGCUCUUCACCCAGUGCGCGGGCCCUGCCGGUCUGCGCGGCCUCAAUGUGGCCGAGGUCCAGAAGAGUGAGUUCAGCUGCUCAGGCCAGGGGGAGGCAGGGCGCGUGCCCUCCUGCACCCUCUUCUCCGGCUCCUGUCCAGCCAUGUGCACCUGUAGCAAUGGUAUCGUGGAUUGUCGUGGCAAAGGCCUCACCGCCAUCCCUGCCAACCUGCCCGAGACCAUGACGGAGAUCCGCCUGGAGCUCAACGGGAUCAAGUCCAUUCCCCCGGGAGCCUUCUCUCCCUACAGAAAGCUGCGGAGAAUGUGACCACCCUCUCUCCUCUGCUCACCUUGCAGAGACUUGAGCAACAACCAGAUCUCAGAGAUUGCGCCCGACGCCUUCCAGGGCCUCCGGUCCCUGAACUCGCUGGUCCUCUAUGGGAACAAGAUCACGGACCUCCCCCGGGGAGUGUUUGGAGGCCUGUUUACCCUACAGCUCCUGCUCCUGAAUGCCAACAAGAUCAACUGCAUCCGGCCCGACGCCUUCCAGGACCUGCAGAACCUCUCACUGCUCUCCUUGUACGACAACAAGAUCCAGAGUCUCGCCAAGGGCACCUUCACCUCCCUGCGGGCCAUCCAGACCCUGCACCUGGCGCAGAACCCUUUCGUCUGUGACUGCAACCUCAAGUGGCUGGCAGACUUCCUGCGCACCAACCCCAUUGAGACCAGCGGCGCCCGCUGUGCCAGCCCCCGGCGCCUCGCCAACAAACGCAUCGGGCAGAUCAAGAGCAAGAAGUUCCGGUGCUCAGCCAAAGAGCAGUACUUCAUUCCAGGCACGGAGGCUUACCCGCUGAACAGCGAGUGCAGCAGCGAGGCAGUCUGUCCCCACAAGUGCCGCUGUGAGGCCAGCAUGGUGGAGUGCUCCAGCCUGAAGCUCACCAAGAUCCCUGAGCGGAUCCCCCAGGCCACAGCGGAGCUACGAUUAAACAACAAUGAGAUUUCCAUCUUGGAGGCCACCGGGAUGUUUAAAAAACUCACCCAUCUGAAGAAAAUAAAUCUGAGCAACAACAAGGUGUCGGAGAUUGAAGAUGGGGCCUUCGAGGGCGCAGCCUCGGUGAGCGAGCUGCACCUGACCGCCAACCAGCUGGAGUCCAUCCGGAGCGGCAUGUUCCGGGGCCUGGACGGCCUGAGGACGCUGAUGCUGAGGAGUAACCGCAUCAGCUGCAUCCACAACGACAGCUUCACGGGCCUGCGCAACGUCCGCCUCCUCUCGCUCUACGACAACCAGAUCGCCACCAUCUCCCCCGGAGCCUUCGACACCCUGCAGGCCCUCUCCACGCUAAACCUUCUGGCCAACCCUUUCAACUGCAACUGCCAGCUGGCUUGGCUGGGCGACUGGCUGCGCAAGAGGAAGAUCGUGACGGGGAACCCUCGAUGCCAGAACCCGGACUUCUUGCGGCAGAUUCCCCUGCAGGACGUGGCCGUCCCCGACUUCAGAUGUGAGGAAGGCCAGGAGGAGGGGGGCUGCCUGCCGCGCCUGCAGUGCCCCCAGGAGUGCGCCUGCCUGGACACCGUGGUUCGAUGCAGCAACAAGCACCUCCAGGCCCUGCCCAAGGGCAUCCCGAAGAAUGUCACAGAGCUCUACCUGGAUGGAAAUCAGUUCACUCUGGUUCCAGGACAGCUGUCCACCUUCAAGUACCUGCAGCUUGUGAUCCUCAGCUACAAUGCCUUGCAGUGCAUCCCUUCUCUGGCCUUCCAGGGGCUCCGUUCCCUGCGCCUGCUGUCCCUGCAUGGCAAUGACAUUGCCACCCUCCAAGAGGGCAUCUUUGCAGAUGUGACCUCCCUGUCUCACCUGGCCAUUGGUGCCAACCCCCUGUAUUGUGACUGCCAGCUGCGCUGGUUGUCUGGCUGGGUGAAGACAGGCUACAAGGAACCGGGCAUUGCCCGCUGUGCUGGGCCCCCGGACAUGGAGGGCAAGCUGCUCCUCACCACGCCUGCCAAGAAGUUUGAAUGCCAAGGUCCCCCCACCCUGGCUGUCCAGGCCAAGUGUGACCCCUGCUUGUCCAGCCCGUGCCAGAACCAGGGCACCUGCCGUAACGACCCCAUAGAGGUGUACAGGUGUGCCUGCCCCAGCGGCUAUAAGGGCCGAGACUGCGAAGUGUCCCUGGACAGCUGUUCCAGCAGCCCCUGUGGGAACGGCGGGACCUGCCACUCGCAGGAGGGCGAGGAGGCCAGCUUCACGUGCUCCUGCCCCACCGGCUUUGAAGGACCGACCUGUGGGGUAAACACGGACGACUGUGUGGAGCACUCAUGUGCCAACGGGGGCACCUGUGUGGAUGGCCUGGGCACCUACACCUGCCAGUGCCCCCUGCAGUACUCGGGAAGGGCCUGUGAGCAGCUGGUGGACUUCUGCUCUCCAGAUUUGAACCCGUGUCAGCACGAGGCCCAGUGUGUGGGCACCCCAGACGGGCCCAGGUGUGAGUGUGCACCAGGUUAUGGAGGUGACAACUGCAGUGAGAACCAGGAUGACUGUAAGGACCACCACUGCCAGAAUGGGGCCCAAUGUGUGGAUGAAGUCAAUGGCUACUCCUGCCUCUGUGCCGAGGGUUACAGUGGGCAGCUCUGUGAGACCCCUCCCCACCUGCCUGCUCCCAGGAGCCCCUGCGAGGGGACUGAGUGCCGGAACGGGGCCAACUGUGUGGACCAGGGCAGCCGGCCCGUGUGCCAGUGCCUCCCGGGCUUUGGCGGCCCUGAGUGUGAGAAGCUGCUCAGCGUCAACUUCGUGGAUCGGGACACUUACCUGCAGUUCACUGACCUGCAGAACUGGCCACGGGCCAACAUCACACUGCAGGUCUCCACAGCAGAGGACAAUGGGAUCCUGCUGUACAACGGAGACAACGACCACAUUGCAGUGGAGCUGUACCAGGGCCAUGUACGCGUCAGCUACGACCCGGGCAGCUACCCCAGCUCUGCCAUCUACAGUGCCGAGACGAUCAAUGAUGGGCAGUUCCACACCGUUGAGCUGGUUACCUUUGACCAGAUGGUGAAUCUUUCCAUCGACGGCGGCAGCCCCAUGACCAUGGACAACUUCGGCAAACACUACACACUGAACAGCGAGGCCCCCCUCUAUGUGGGAGGGAUGCCGGUGGACGUGAAUUCGGCCGCCUUCCGUCUGUGGCAGAUUCUCAACGGCACCAGUUUUCACGGUUGCAUCCGAAACCUGUACAUCAACAACGAGUUGCAGGACUUCACCAAGACGCGGAUGAAGCCAGGGGUGGUGCCAGGCUGCGAGCCCUGCCGGAAGCUCUACUGCCUGCACGGCAUCUGCCAGCCCAAUGCCACCCCAGGGCCCGUGUGCCACUGUGAGGCCGGCUGGGAGGGCCUGCACUGCGACCAGCCAGCCGACGGCCCCUGCCAUGGCCACAAGUGUGUCCACGGGAAAUGCGUGCCUCUAGAUGCUCUUUCCUACAGCUGCCAGUGCCAGGAUGGGUACUCGGGGGCCCUGUGCAACCAGGCCGGGACACCUGCAGACCCCUGUGGGGGCCUGCAGUGCCUACACGGCCACUGCCAGGCCUCAGCCACCAAGGGGACACACUGUGUGUGUGACCCAGGCUUUUCGGGCGAGCUGUGUGAGCAAGAGUCCGAGUGCCGGGGGGACCCUGUCCGGGACUUUCACCAGGUCCAGAGGGGCUAUGCCAUCUGCCAGACCACGCGCCCGCUGUCGUGGGUGGAGUGCCGGGGCUCAUGCCCGGGCCAGGGCUGCUGCCAGGGCCUGCGGUUGAAGCGGAGGAAGUUCACCUUUGAGUGCAGCGACGGGAGCUCUUUUGCCGAGGAGGUGGAGAAGCCCUCCAAGUGUGGCUGUGCCGUGUGCGCGUAGCGCCCGGCGUGGCCGGGGAGGGGAGAGGGUGGGCGAGGGGGCGCGGCCGCAGCGGAGACCUAGUGGCCGGCAGCUGGGCUGGGGUGCGGGCCAUCAGCACGGCGACGCCUGGGCGACCGCCCCUCCAGUGGGCGGCGGGACUAGAACCACCGUUCUAAGGCCGAGGGCACCACCGCUGAGGGCGGGGCGGGGGGGCGUGGCCCGGGCUGCAGCCCGCUCUCUCCGGAAGUGCCUUGCACAGGUAGGCGCUUAAUAAAUAUAUGUUGAAUGAAUGUGUGCGUGAGGUCAGGCCAAGAAGUGCAGAAUAGUGACACCUGCUCCUUGCCUGCUACCUGGGACUGAGGAAGGGGCUGCCCCUGCCCAAACCAGCCUUUCUCGCCUGUGGCCCGUGCGGGGGCCCCGGAAGCCCCUUGCCCCCUGCAGAUAACCUUAAACUACUCUCAGCCUCCCCUGGGGCAGCUUCUGCUGCCGCAGCAUCUGCUGGCCAUAGGCCAGGCUGCGGAGGGGGAGGGCCCCCUCCUGCUGGCCAGGAAGGGACCAGGCCCUGCACCCUGGGCUGACUGGCCGUGCUGCAGCCACUGCUUGGGAAGGGGCCAGGGAGUGUGGAGGUAGGUCUUAGGACCAGACCUCUGAAUCCUAAAGUUAAGGGAUGAGCAUUGUAAUUUCAAGGAGGCUGCUCGUGUGGAGUAAAUGACCACCUGGAUUGCUUGGGGGGGACCUCACCAAAGAGGACAGAGGGGUUCUUGGUUCCAACUGAAUAAACAUCACCACCUCCAGACACUAGCCACCAAGGGGGCAUUGGUCCUGGGCUUCCCCAGCCAUUAGCCAACCAUCAGCUGCUAGCUAGCCAUUGGCAGGGGGACUUGGGGGUGUCGGGGGCUUGGGCUAGGCUGCUUGGCCAGUGAGGGGUCUUCUUCUGUGCAGACUGCGUUCAGAUCACUUCACGCCGCAGACCAGUAGGGAGCAGUGGUCCAGAUAUCAGGAAACCUCCACUGGCUCUGUCACUCUGGGCAAACGUCCCCACAGGCCUCAGUCUCCUCAGCUAUCAAAUGGGGAGGUGGGAGCAAGCAAUGAGGACCCUCCCACUGUGGCUUCAGGAGGGAAGCUGGAGGAGUUAGAGAUCUGUUUUCAUUAAUCACAUCAACAAGUAUUUAUGUGCCUAACCGGGGCUGGGUGCCGUGGGUGUUCUGCCCUCACGGACAGAUGUGAACUGAUCACAGAACAUCACACUAGUGACCAGGAAGAGAUCGGAGCCAAGUGAGGGCUCCAACCACAGACACCAGCCCAGGCCAGAGCUGCUCACUCCAGGUGUUUGCAAGGAAAGACUCAGUGUCUGAAGAGUCAUCAAACAGGAGGCUGUGUGCUACAAAUGCUUCUCUUCCAUGCAGAAUGAAAACACAGAUAGAUGAUCUUUGUGCCUAAGUAGUGAGCUGGCUGGAAGGAAGAUUGGUCAUGCUCUCCUGUCCCAGUGUCUCCCCAAGAGCGUGUGCCCCUGGGGCACACUGGGGGGCAAAGAGGGUGAGCAUGUCCCUUUCCUGGCUCCUCCCAUCUGCAAACAGAAGGCAGGGUCAGGGGAGUGUGUUGUGAUGGGGUUGAGGUGGCCUUGUGCCUGUGGGCAGUGGGUGGAGUCCUUGAUAAUGAGUACCCUGGCGCCUCCUAUGACUGAGGGAGCCUGGUGUGUUCCACUACUCUGGGACUCAGGCCAGUGAGUUUGAGUCCUGGGCCCCCUAUAAUGGGAAGAGGACCCUGCCCUGCCCACUGGGGGACAUGUCCUCCAGGCUGGAUCUGCCCCUCACCACGGGCCAGGCUCUAUUUUAUUGUAACUUUGAGCAAGGCCAGAGUGCCCCUCACACUCACAGGCAGCAGCCUGGGCCUUGAGGGGCUUCUCCUAGGUCUGCACAGCAUCCCUCUCUUACCUAGACUUUCUGGGCCACUGUGGGACCCUGGACAGCAGCCAGCACCAGGCUGGGGAGGCAGGAAAGCUUGAGUGUAGCGAGCUUGACCCUUCCACAGAAGAGAGGGUUCUGGAACCCACCAACCCUGAGACACAUACCUUCCCCUGGCCACCACCAUUCCCCACUGACUUGCAGAAGCUGGUCCCCGGGCUUGAGGGGCACUGUCUGCCAGGGCCUCUUCACUCUGCAGAAGUGGAAAGGGCACCUGCACACAGGUGAUGGCUCCCAGGAGUCCUGGCCUCCCAGUGCCAUGGGUUUGGGAGGGCAGAGGACGGCGUGCUGGUUUGCAGGAAGCACGCUGUGAGCUUGCCGCCAUCCCCGCCCACCCCUCUACAAUGCCCCGCUCCCCAGUCCAGCGCCACACUCGCCCUCUGUCGACCAGAAGAUUGAGGUCCACUACCAGGGUGAGGGCAGCAACAGACCGAGAGACCCAUGUGCCCCAGGAUCAACGUUUCUUCAACUGAACCACCGGCCUGGAAGUCGCUAAGGAACCGGAUCAGCACACACCUUGCCUGUUCACGUUUGGGCCCACCGAGUCCCAGAAGGCUACCGUGAAAGCAUCUGAGAAAUCGUUUCCAAGCCUUGCCGCCCCUUUGGUAAAGACCUCCAGUUCACUUUGACAUCGUCAUCAGCUGAUUCCACUGAAGAGACACAGCAGGGCAAGUCCCGAGGUUGCUACUGCUUUGGCAGCCCUGCAGGUGACAGUGGCCUUGGCUCCCUGUGCAGGUGUCAGGAAAUGGAAAAGGCUGGACUUCGUCUCCUCUUUGCCUGCUGUUAGCCUAACCAUGAAAGUAUCUCUUUAUACAGAAUACUUAACAGAUUCUAAUAUAUAUUUGUAUUUCAUUUUGUUAUAGUAUUUUUAUAUGUUAAAGUCAACAUCCAGUGUCCUGUUUUGAUUUUCAGAUGCUAUGUAGUUGUGACAUUUUUUUUGUGUGUGGGGGUGGGGGGUUGUGGUUCUGUAGUCUUGUUUGGAUCACCCUUUUAAAGAGACUGGUUUAGAACAAGCUUGUGAGGGGGCCACACCUGCC